AUGUUAAAUCUAAUGUCCUUCCGUCAUACAAUCGACCAAUCAGAAAAUUUUCAACCUGCCAACUAUAAAUUUGAUACCCCAAGUCCAUUUACCAGUUCCAUUGGUUCAUUGGACGUUCACUAUUCCAAUGGACCAAUGGAUAAAUAG